AUGGCGCCGAAGGUAGAAGGGGAGCAGAAGGCCGCGAAGAAGGGACCCAAGAAGGAGCCCGCCGCUAAGAAAGCCGUUGCCGCGGGGAAAAAGCCCAUAGGCGACAAGAAAGAGAAGAAGAAGGCUCGCAAGGCCGUCACGGAAACGUACAAGAUCUACAUCUACAAGGUGCUAAAGCAGGUGCAUCCAGACACGGGCAUUUCGUCCAAGGCUAUGUCGAUCAUGAAUUCCUUCAUAAAUGAUAUUUUCGAGAAGCUUGCGACGGAGGCGUCGAAGCUCGCGCGGUACAACAAGAAGCCGACGAUCACGUCUCGCGAGAUCCAGACGGCUGUUCGGCUGACGCUUCCUGGAGAGCUGGCGAAGCACGCUGUUUCGGAGGGAACGAAAGCCGUGACCAAGUUCACGAGUGCAUAG